AUGUCGGAGCCGCACAGCACAUCGCCGACCAAGCGCCGGCACUCCCCCAGCGCCGGGCGCGCCGCCAAGGUUCCACGGCCCUCGGAGCCUCGGAUGAGCCCCAAGGAACUCCCGCCCGCCAGCUUCUACACGGACCUCUCCGUCCAGCACCUCACCAGGAGUGCACUCCGACGGCUCGACACCGAAAACCGCGCCCUCCAAAUCGCCUCCUAUCCGCCCCCGGCCAUGACUGGCAUCACGCUGCCUAUCGACAUGUACCUCGCCUUCUGUAUUCCUGAAUUGAGGGACCAGCUGCAGAAAAUUGCCCGCAACGGUGGCUUGGAUCUCUCCGACCUGAGAGGUCACCGGAACCAGAUGACAACCACAUGGAGCCUGCCAGAGUCAAACAAAUGCCACGAGUCUGGGGCUCCCAUAAAGACCAACAGCACACCAGCCACCAGCUCGUCCAAGGCCACGGGUCCCUUUGAUGACAAUUUCCAGCAGCACUUGGCCGACAGCCGCGUCCUUGCCCUUCGAAUCGACAAUUUCCGCGAAGACGCCCUCGACCGGCCCGACAACAUCAACGCCCUCAAGCGAGCCAUCGCCCGUCCCAGGCCCAGGACGCUGGCCCUUUCCAAAAUCAAACAGGGUUUCUAUGAUUCCUUCUUGGCCGUCCAUGCGCAGGCCGUCACCAAGGCGCACGUCAUGGCAAAUGUCAUCCCCCUCAUCGAAGGAGAGGCCGGCGGCGACCACCGUGCCGCAACCGGCAUCCCCUUCACCAAUCUCGAGUAUUUGACCCAGGAACCUAUUGUGGCCGGCCAGCCCGACAUCUUCUAUGGCGCGCCCCCCGACGUCCUGGUGCCCGAACUUCGCGACCUUCGCAACAUGAUCGUCCCUUCGGUUAAUAACGAUGUCCCCGUCCUACCCAACUUUUUUGUCAGCGUGACAAGUCCCGGCGGCGAUCACUCCACCGCAAUGCGGCAAGCGUGCUACCACGGAGCCCUGGGGGCGCGAGGCAUGCAGAGUCUGCAGUCGUACAAACAGCCGGACCCUGAAUUCGACAGCAACACCUAUACACUGACGUCGAUAUACCAUCGUGGCCGCCUCGAAAUGUACGCCACGCAUCUUACGCGCCCCGUCGUCCCUGGACAACUACCUGGGUACGCCAUGACGCCGGUUGGCCAAUGGUCCCUCAACGCGAGCCCUGACACUUUCCGACGGGGCGUAUUGGCCUGGCGCAACGGCAGAGACUGGGCGCAGCGACAGAGGGAAGAUGCCCUCAAGCAGGCACUCUACGUGGCCCGAGAAUGGAUGCUGACAUGA